CCUCAGCCGCGGUCGCCGUAGCUCUCGACGCGGUCGUCCCCGCCGAGCCGCGGGCGCCGCCGCAGGGAGGGAGCGGCGCCGCGGCCUCCGCCGUCCGAGGACGCCCCGUAUUCCGGGGCCCCGCACGGUGGCUGCCGGCUCGCCGAGCGCAGCUCGCCUGGGAGGAAGGCGGCGGCUCGCGUCCAGCGGGCCGCCGGAGCCGGGAGGAGACCAUGUCCGUGAGGCGCCCUCAGUUCUCCACGACCGAGCGCGUCAUCAAAGCUGUCCCCUUUCCUCCAACCCGACGGCUAACUUUGAAGGAAGUAUUUGAGAAUGGGAAACCUAAAAUGGAUCUUUUGAAAAACCAUUUAGUAAAAGAAGGCCGGGUGGAAGAGGAAGUGGCCUUAAAGAUCAUUAAUGAUGGGGCUGCCAUCCUGAAGCAGGAGAAGACCAUGAUAGAGGUGGAGGCUCCGAUUACAGUGUGUGGUGAUGUUCAUGGACAGUUCUUUGACCUGAUGAAGCUGUUUGAAGUCGGGGGAUCACCUAGUAACACUCGCUACCUCUUCCUGGGCGACUAUGUGGACAGAGGCUAUUUCAGUAUAGAGUGUGUGCUGUAUCUAUGGAGCUUAAAGAUUAACCAUCCUAAAACAUUGUUUCUGCUUCGAGGAAAUCAUGAAUGCAGGCAUCUUACAGAGUACUUCACCUUCAAACAGGAAUGUCGGAUCAAGUAUUCAGAGGUGGUGUACGAUGCGUGCAUGCACACUUUCGACUGUCUUCCUCUUGCUGCCCUCUUAAACCAGCAGUUUCUCUGUGUACAUGGAGGAAUGUCUCCUGAAAUUACUUGUUUAGAGGACAUUAGGAAAUUAGAUAGGUUUACUGAACCUCCUGCUUUUGGGCCAGUGUGUGACCUGCUUUGGUCUGACCCCUUGGAGGACUAUGGCAGUGAGAAGACCCUGGAGCACUACACCCACAACACUGUCCGAGGCUGCUCCUACUUCUUCAGUUACCCUGCAGUUUGUGAAUUUUUACAGAACAACAGUUUAUUAUCAAUAAUCAGAGCCCACGAAGCCCAGGAUGCGGGGUACCGGAUGUAUAGGAAGAACCAAGCAACCGGCUUUCCGUCACUUAUUACGAUUUUCUCUGCCCCUAAUUACCUAGAUGUCUAUAACAAUAAAGCUGCAGUGUUGAAAUAUGAAAACAAUGUCAUGAACAUCAGGCAGUUCAACUGUUCUCCACACCCCUACUGGCUCCCAAACUUCAUGGAUGUUUUCACGUGGUCUUUGCCUUUUGUUGGAGAGAAAGUGACAGAGAUGCUGGUCAAUAUUCUCAACAUAUGCUCGGAUGAAGAAAUGAACUUCGCCGAUGAAGAAGGAGCCACUACAGGUCGAAAAGAAGUCAUCAAGAAUAAAAUCCGAGCCAUUGGGAAAAUGGCCCGGGUCUUUACGGUUCUUCGGGAAGAGAGUGAGAAUGUGCUGACCCUCAAGGGCCUCACUCCCACAGGCACACUCCCACUGGGGGUCCUCUCUGGAGGAAAGCAGACCAUUGAGACUGCCAAAGAACAAGCCGCAGAGGAGCGGGAAGCCAUCAGAAGUUUCACAAUUGCACACAGGAUCCGAAGUUUUGAAGAAGCCCGAGGUCUGGACCGAAUUAAUGAGAGAAUGCCACCCCGAAAAGAGGCUUCGUUUCAUCAUGAUGCAGGGAGGAUGCACUCGCACCCGCAUCCGCCACACAUGCAGGCGUCAAGAAGGACCGACCAUGGAAAGAAAGCCCUGUAAUGACUCAGGGCCCUGUGCAGCACAGAUGGGUCCCAACCCUAUGAGCAAAUCAUAUUUAUUUAUAUUGGAAAUGAAACAGGAACAACUCAAACAACUUAAACUUGGAGGUGCAUUUGUAACUCAGUUGCAUUUACUCUGUAAGAAAAGUGACCAUUUUAUAAAUUCUAAUUUAUGUUCAAUAUAUAUAUAUAUAUAAAUACUUUUGUUUUGUUUCCCUCCCCUUGUCCUAAUUUUAGGAGCGAAUCUGAUUGGUUGGUGUGUGUGUGUGUGUGUGUGUGUGUGUGUGUGUGUGUGUGUGUGUUGAAAUCUUAUGCUAUAAAGGGGACCUUCCCCUAAUAAUAAGGGCUUUGGAAACCUUCGCCCUAGAUUUCUGACUCAUACUCCUAGUUAGCCCUCCUCUAGUUUGGGGAGGUGAUUUUUUUUUUUUUUUCAUUUACGACUUAACUCAAAAAUGCCUUUCAAUUUUUCCCCUUUCUUCUCAGUACCAAUCUCAAUGGCUAAAAUUGCUUCUCUUAUGAGGGAAACUUGAACUUCCAAAAGAACAGCCUAAACCUAGUGAUUUUUAAGAUCCUUUAAGAACUGCUUCCAUAAUAAUUUACUUCCUUUUGGCCUCUGAGCUCUGUGAUUGUGGAGUGUGUGUGUGUGUGUGUGUGUGUGUGUGUGUGUGACAUAAGAUUGAACCCAUGCCUUGCACAUGCUGUGAAAGCCCUCUACUGCCCCGCUGGGCCUCCACUCCUGGGUUCAUUUUCAUAUGUUCUAAUAAAGUUCCUUUCAAAAAGUAAUAAUGAGGGUGAGCUAGUGAGGUUGCUUAGCCUGGUUACUUAAGUUUGAUCCCCAGGAAGAAGAAAACCAACUUACAAAGUCA